GUCCUUCAGAAAGGCACCAUCCGGUCCAAAUUCUCCUGCCGUUCAGGUCCUGUCCACUCAGCAGCCAUGAAAUUCCUCAUUGCAGUCGUCGCCCUGAUUGCCCUGGCACAGGGAAGCUUUGCUCAAGAUGCCUCUGAUCUUGAGAGGCUCAGCCAGUACUUCGAGGAGAUGAAAACCAAACUCACCACUGACCUGACUGAGAUGAUCAACAACCAGGACCUGGCAAACCAGGCUCAGACCUUCCUUGCUGACAAGAAGACCCAGCUGGAGCCUCUGGCUACUCAGAUCCAGGAGCAAAUUAAGACCUACGCCACCAACGUCGAGGAGCAGAUCAAGCCCCUGGCCACCAACGUGCAGACUCAGGUCCAGCCCAUGAUCGACAACUUCCAGGCUCAGCUGGAGGCCAUCUUCAAGAAGGUCAUGGAACAGACCCAGCCCAUUGCUAACUAAAGCCUGACGUCCUCACAAAGAGAUGCAGAAGUGCCCCAACUCCACCAUCUUCUCAGGGCUACUUGCAUUUGAUGGCUGGCCUCAAAGUGCAGGCAGAAGAUCUACAGCCUAAGAUGUGUUUCAGUAAUUGUUAGCAUUGGAUUUGGCACUGCUUGUCCACAAGCUCAAUAAAAAUUUGAAACACAG